AUGGUGACGGUAAGGAAGAUGUUCAGACUCUUCAUCGCUGGAUGUAAAGUGUCCAGACGGUCGAAGAUGCUUCAGGCAAAAGCAGAAUCGAAGGUCAAGCAUGACAAAAUUGUUGCGGUCACAAGAUUUCUUCAAAAGAUCGCACUUUCGAAGAAGCGAUAUAGGCGGAAUAUUGAGAGAGUGAGAAGGCGGCACGCGUUGACCCUUAUCAAGGAUGCAUGGACCAGUUGGCAUGCAAAGAUGGCAACGACAAGUCGGAUGCAUCAAGUGUUGUCCAAGGCCAUCGACCUGAACCGACAUUAG